UCUCGUUCUCACGACUCUGAAUUGAGAGGGCUACUUACGUCGUCAUGCGAUACGAGAAACAGUACUACUACCAAUUACAGACUGUUUAAGGGAAGGCAUUGGUAUAAUUGGAUGUUUUAGUGGGAAAUCUUACACCGCUAGUGGUCAUCGCUGAACGUUUAAGACUUUGUACAUGACUGCUUACCCUGGAACAAGAAACAUCAGUAGUGUUUGGCUUGGCUAUUGUAAAGUUGCACACAGUGCAUAUAAUACGCAUUAUUCCUGUCUAUUAUGGAAGCAGGAAAUAACCGUCUAUUGAUAUUAUAAUAUAGCUUCUAUUGUGGUUGGAUACGGGACUGUUGCAUGGUAUCAAUGUGCAUUUUUUAUGUGAUCACCGUGCAGGUGUUGACGCUGUCGCGGUGUGUUGAAGGUGAAGACGGUGCUGUCGCGGUGUGUUGGAGUUGAAGACGUCCGUGUCAUCAGGUACGAACUGUCACCUGAGACUGUUCAAUUGCCCUUGCAAAACCGCCGGACGUAGUGGCCGACUUAACUUCAAGCCUUGUGUUGAAACGGUGUUCUUUUCACCACUUGACCUGUCAGUCACUGCCACAGGCACAUUGACAUAGUGUACAUAACGACAUGUAGGGUGUGUCUAUUUCAUGUUUGUGUCAUGUGUAUAUCUGUACAUGUCGUUUCACAUUGAACACGAAGACGCAGGACCACAACGCACACCUGUCGGAUCGUAACUGUAAUACCUGUUAAUAAGGAACCUGGAUAAUACGGACACGAGCUGAACACAUUUAAGGACGAUUUACCAACCGGAACGUGUUCGGUCACACCACGUGUGUGUUUUAUACGUGUAAACAAAACCCAUCCAUAACACGGAUAUAGCGACACUGAGAGGCCAGUGCACUUAUUCUCCGGACCUGUCACCAGUUUCAACCUGUAUACAAAACACCUUGGUUAUACGGACACUGCUUUUAAAAUGGAGAAACGGCAUUCGAAAUCUCGAUUGUCACGUAGUUUGUCGUUUCUACGUAGAUCCAAGCAUGAAGAUUCCGAUUCAGAACCGCAGCGCCCUCACACGCCGCCUUGGAAGUUCUGGCGGAAGUUGUCUACCCGCCAUGUUGACCGGAAGCCACGUGACCGGAAGGAUAUCAUUAAAGUGGAGUGGAGUACGUCAGCGAAUGGCGAUGGCGACGGUUUUGAUGACUGCUUGACUCCACUGAACAGUACCCUGCCAGAUGUGGUGGAGAAAACCGGCCUGUGUAGGAGCAACAGCCUGAAGCCGCCCCCUAAACCCCCUAGACUGUUUCUGUUUCGUUCAGCAAGUAUUAACAACCCGCGUAGCUCACUAGACGGCGGUUCGGCUCGGAACUCAGUUGUCAUGGCUCAGCCUAAGAGCACAUCAUCCGAAUUUGAUGGCAAGAAUAAGAAGAAUAUCUGUGUUAAACAGGAGAACGGUAAGAUUAAGCCUGUGAUUGUGCCUGCUGAUGACACGGAGAACAAUAACAUUAAGGAUGAUAGUGAGAGAAAGGAUGUUCUCACGUCACUAGGCAACCACUCCCCAACACUGCAAAAUUCUAGUCAUAACAAAAUGAAGAUAGUCACUUCUGAUUUGACGCCAAAGAAGCCAGUCAGAUCAAGAAGAAAAUCGAGCGAGAAAAAUCAAGACGUGUCUCGACAGAAACUGAUCAUGCAAAGUAUCCUGGACUUGUUGUGUCAGAAAUUGGAUCCCUUCCCACUGCUGAAGCAGCUCCACGAGUCCAAUGUGCUCAGUGACAGUGACGUCUUGGCCUACAAGGGCCACCCUGACCGGAGACUGAUAUGUGAGAGUCUAGCCAAUGCAGUGGGCGAGGGUUCUUAUUCCCACUUCGUGUGUUUCUGUGAUGUCUUGAGAAAGUCGGGGAACUAUGUGGAUAUUGUACAGCUUCUUGACGUAAUGAAGGAGGUGGACCAGCUAGUCCACGAUAUUCCCUGUCUCUCCGAUGAUGAUAAUCCAAUUCUGGCGGAUGAGAAAACGAUAUGUUUCGAGAUCGGAUACUAUAACCCUGAAACGUUUGUUCUUAAGCCUGUUGUUGAACUAGAGAGAGCCCGAAAUGACCAUGGAUUAAGCAAGAGGUUAUCCAGGAUCUCUACCACAUCUUGGGACACUUCGAGUGAAGUGAGUAACGGAAUUACCGACCAGUGUGAUAUCAUGAUGAAUGUGUGUGUCACUGGGUACAGCUUAAGUGGAAACAGAGCUAAAGCCCUUGCUCGUGUUGUAGAAAAGUACAAUUGCAUCUUAGAGCUUCGUAUAGGGAAGACCCAACUUUGUGGAGAAGACAUUACGGUGUUGUCAAAGGCCCUGAGUCACAAUACGGGCAUCACAUCUCUGGAUGUUCGGCUAAAUAACAUAGAUGCAGUUGGGGCAUCCGCUUUGGCGGAUACUCUGAAGGUUAACACAUGUCUCCGUCAGGUGAAUCUGUCCUCGACUGGUAUAGAGCUCAGUGGGUGUCAGGUCAUUGCUGGCGCUCUUACGAACAACAAAACUCUGGUAGAGAUCGAUAUGAGCUUCCUGGAUAUUGGGGACAAGAGCUGUGAGUAUUUCAGAGACAUGUUAAAGACAAACUCAACGUUACAGAAGCUGAGACUAAGAAGCAAUAACAUCUCCUGGCCUGGUUGUUGCACCCUGAUGGACGGGCUCAGUAGAAACAGGUGUCUUACUGAACUCGAUCUCAGCCGCAACUAUGUUGGGGACGCUGGAGUCGAGAUCCUCAGUCGUUAUAUCCCCGAAAGUAUGGUUACAGAUCUUAGUCUGGAGAACUGUGGAAUCACGUCAGAUGGGUGUGGGUCUCUGGCUGAACUUCUUGCCAUCAGUAAGAAGCUGAGGAGUAUCGACCUGAGUGUCAACUUCAUUUCGGAUACUGGGGUGAUGAAGCUGGCCUCGUGUUUGGAAAGGAGUUCCACUCUUCAUCUUGUAGGGCUCAACAUGUGUGGCAUCACUAACGAUGGCUUCUCCAAACUGCUAGACGUUCUGGAGAAAAAUACAUCCAUCUCUCUCCUGAAGCUGUGCUACAACAGGCUGGGCAGGGAGCACAACAACCCUGCAGCUACGUCAGACAACUUAAGGUACAGACUCAGGAUAGUCACAUCGUCUAAACCUAAACUGAGGAUCCUUCUUUGGGGAAACUCUUUUGAGGAUUCCUGAUCUGCUUCUCCUCGGGUCAGCUGGUAACCGAGAAACAACUGAACAUUAUAACCAGACAACAUUUCGUGAAUCUGACACAUAGGGGCUUCUGGCAUUAAGACUACCAACCCCAAGAAUAGAUACCGUUUGAAAAUAUAACAACUGUUCUAUACCUGUGACGAUCCUUUGAGAAUUCUUGCUUUCGUUCAACUCUUCCAUUUCAAGGUUCUCGAUGAGGACGUAUUUAGCGUUCCAAGUCAACGAAAUCCAGGGUUUUAUACUUACGUGUUCACGAAGACUGUGUGUGUAUGGUGAUAAGGAUGUGUCUGCGGACUUUUUCACUCUGAGUUUGAACAUGCUAGGUAAGAAGGCUGUACGACGACAGUAUCUGGAUUAUGCAUUCUUCGAUUCCAAGAGGUUGUGGAUAUUUCGUCAGAAUGUGGACCAACUUGUGUACAUUCUCAACUUUCCACACAGGGCCGUUAACGUGGCAGCGAACCCUUCAGUGUUGUACCUGUCGUUGGUUUCCAGUGUAAUCGUUCUCGUGAUACUUAUCUAACCUACUUGAUAAAAACUCGGAUAAGACAUCAUGGCCUGGCGUAGUGAAAAUCCUUACAAGCACAAGUACCAUGCCCCCCUCACUGAGUAAUGGCCUGUUUGUUGUAGGUUCAUUUCGUACAAAACGCAAACGUGAAUUUUCCUGACAAUAUCUGUAUACUAUAAAAUGAAAUUAUUUCAGUAUUGUAUUGCUGUAUUCGGAUUAAUGAUGUGUCUUUUGUGGAUAGCCAUGUCAUAUAUGCAGACAUUACAUCACAUACAUUUUAUAUCAACUUUGCCAGUGUAUGUCAUGUCAGGACAACCAGAAGAUGUGGUUAUGUUUAAGCUUGAUAUUACUUCUACCCUUACUAGAAAACAUAUAUGCAAUUCAUAGUCGUCAUGUUUAAGCAGAACGCCGAAGAUCGGGUUCCAUUCCCAUGCUUGGUUUCCUCCGUCGGGAUACUGUUAAAAACGGCGUAAAUCCUGCACUACUUGGGGUUAAGUGAGGUGGCCAUGGGACCUCAUUUGGUCGCAGUACACACCUCGUCGAUGUCAGUCUGACAUAGAGCUAGGCGUUGGAUUCAGUCAGUUAGUUAAUCUGCUUGUUGUUCUCUUGUCAUCGGCUUAAAGGUCAGAACAUAUGUUAAGAAUACAAUGAGUUGUAGUGUUGUCAUAGAUAUAUGGGGCAGGGGUAGUGACGGAAAUCAUUGUGCCCAGUAUCCGUGUUAUGAUGCAUUUUUUUUAUUUAAAAUUAAUAAACGUGAAAGACCUGCAUCGAUUCGGGUUUCCUCACAUGAACCUGACACCCGUGAUAUGACUGAAAAGCUGUUCUGAGCGGUGUUAAACCCAAAUCACUCACUCAUACAUAUUUGAAGGACUCGCGUUCCCACAUGAGGCAUAAGUUGCUAUCUGCCCCAGUAAAACAUCCAGCACUCCAAAUAUGUUUAUUAUCCCGAAUGGACAUAAAUAAUUAACCCGAUUUCAAAUUCAAUUUAAAUGGUACUUCAUAUUUCACCACACGUAAGUAAUUCAUAAAUCAUUUUUGUACCAUUUGUGACCAUGUCUCGCAUUAAAUAUCAUUUGUAAUUGUAAUCUCAACAUAAGUUUUAAUGCAUUCAACAUUUGAUCAGAUGUGAUUUGAUGACAAUCAUGAAUAAGGAAAGAAACGAUGCAUGGUCGUGGUCAGUACCGUAUUCCCGCGCUUAAACGACGGGCCUUCGUAAAACGCCGGGCGCACGUGUUUUUAUGCACGGACUUCUCCAUUUGUUAUCUUUGCGAUUAAACGGCGGGGGCAAAAAGUGUCUGAAAGAUAUAUACACCCGGGCAUUUAAUCGAGGAAAUACGGAAUUUUGUACCAAAUACACUUUGAUCUCGCGAGUCCAAGGAAAAGUUUCCACGCCUUAAUCUUACAGAUACAUUAAGUGCACAUCGAUUUUGAGUACAUUCCUAAAAGAUAUUGUGUUAUUUUUGCCACUUUUCUCUGCUCCCGUAAUGCAGUAGAUUUACCUGGAAAUGACCGAUGUUCUAAUAUUACAUGUCAACGCCAGAGAAAACCCCCAGUUUCGAUUACCCACGAAACGAUUCGAAUUGACGUAAAAGCCGAAAUAGUGGUGAAAAUUAGGUGAACGGAUCACUGACACCAGACGUAAGAAGGUCCUCCCCUACGAGUAGCACCCUCCACUCCCACAGUUUGCAUAGAAAUUAACUGUUUGUUUGUUGUCUGACGGCGCACAGCAUGCCCCCUCUCACGUGGCUUACAAACAAACCAGACAAUCAAGUGAUGGAAACCGGUUGUUAUUUUGGCAAGACAACUGCCACACCGUGACAUAACAAAUAACUGUUUUACUGAAAUUGGGCACAACUCAAUGUUAUCUCAAUAUGAACAAAUAUAAUUGUCAUUGAGCUUAGACAUGUAGAAGCUUCAGCGUAGGUCAGAGAUUUAUCGGAAUCCGUUGAUUGUAGUUUUCUUCGUAUGAGUCUUGUUCGCCAACAUAGAGGGUUUGCCUGUUUACCCACGUGUGUCAGGCGUUUCCAUGGUGAUCUUGACAUUUCCAACUGAAAUGGCUUCACGUGCAAAUACUGUACUAACACAGGUGUCCACUAAAACGCUAGACUUCAAGAGUAACGUUUCAAGUUAAGAGCGAUUUAGAGUCCCCUCAUCUGGAUGUCGUGAUCUCGUAAUUGAAGAAAAUCUACAUACCCAGAAGUCCGAUAUGAGACAUGUGACACAAACAGACCCAGUCUGCGAGAAGACAAAUAUCUGAGACGCAAUAUUCAAUUUGUUUCAUGUUUAAAUUCAGUUUAAGAGAUUUUGGUUGUAGUGUCUCAAAUUGGUGAAAUGCUACUAACGCUCUGAAAAAGUUCACACUAGGCAUCUUGUAAUAAAGAAGUUAACCCACGUCUGCACGAAGAAGCAAUUACAUUUUUUUUCAAGAUACUCUAAAUCGUAGUUGUUGUGAACGCCCUGGUAAACAGACGGAGAACUGCCUUCUUACUGCUUCCCUUAUUCAGGAAAUUACUGAAUGAAUGACAUUUCGCCAAGCCCCCGUAAAGGUCACUGCCCCGGUGCGUGUAAGGUGCAUUCCAUGCCUAGUCAGACCUUAAUUUGGAAGCGCACCAGAAACAGAGACUCAAGACGCGACAAUCAAUAUAUCAUAUACAACAGCAUAGGACCAUCACAGAUUUGGAUGUUUAGAAUACAAGAUGGAAUUCUGUCACCCUUGAACACGCACUUCGACGUUAGCUUGCUUUCGUUCGCAUUUCAGGUUUCCUACCCAAAAAUAUUAAAGACUGCCCUGGUCUUGGAAUGGCCAUUCGGUUUAAAAGAAUCUGUCUCACCAUCGAUGUGCUUUGGGGGUCGGGGAUGGGGUCGGGGUGGUAGGAGCAGUGUUGCGUCCAUUGGGCACACCAGAAUUAUGUUUCUGGGGUUGUCAGCACCAUACCCGUGCUCGUGGGUUUCACCGAAGUGGUAAACGUCUGAGACCUGCAUCAUUCUCACAUUAAGCUGACACGCCGUGAUAUAACUGUAAUACUGUUAAAAGCGGCGUUAAACCCAACUCACUCACUCACUCGACUUUCUUUGGGACAACGACUGUUAUAUCCACUGAAACCCUGUUAACUCGAAGGCUAUAUACCGAGUUAUUUCCCUUCGAGCGAAAUGCAGAUAUUAAACUAUAGUGAUAAGUCCACCACAAGCUUCGUUUUAUACGAGAUAUCGGAGGUUGACUUGACGUUUCACUGUAGUUGACUUUGGACCCAGUCAAGGCAGAAUACGUGUACAUGCAUGUGUUGUAUGCAGGCUUAUGUCAAUUUGACCUGUACGCCUGGAAGUAUACCUAUUGUAACAUAUUAUUCAACAUUGAUAGGGAUAGUCAGGGGAGUGGCUGAUUACUUGGAAGUGCUGUCAUACCAACACUGUUCAAGUGUGUGUUGGGAAUGGCAUCGUUACGGUUUAGGGGGCACGUGUGCCCCAGUCGUCUAAGGCGCCGCGAAUCGCUAUGUAGAGUUGCGUCCCUUGGGCACGCCAGAAACCUAUGAUUGUAGGUUCGAAUCCCGGUUCGCCCCGAUUAUGUUUCUAGGUUUGUCAGCACCAUACCCGUGCUCGUGGGAUUCACCGAAGUGGUAAACGUCUGAGACCUGCAUCACUUCGGGCUUUCCUCCCACAUUAAGCUGACACGCCGUGAUAUAACUGUAAUACUGUUAAAAGCGGCGUUGAACCAACUCACUCACUCGUUAUGAUUUAGAAGAACCAUAUGUGGGGGCACGGGGGCCCAUUCGUUUAAGGCACUCCAAUGAGGGGCGAAUUGCGUCCCUUCCACGUCCCAAAAAUCUAUGAUCGUGGGUUCACAUCCAGGGUUGACCCGAUUAUGUUUCUAGGUUUGUCGGCACCAUACCCUUGCUCGUGGGUUUGGCCUUAGUGGGUUUGACCAAUGUGGGUUUGACCAAACGUCUGAGAGCUGCAUCACGUCCGGCUUCCAUCCCAUAUUAAACUGACACGCUGUGACAUAACUGGUAUACUGUUCAAAGCGGUGUGAAACCCGACUCACAAAAUAGAAGUAAAAACCCAAAGUACACAUUCCCACUGCCCUCUUGUUCCCUGACAAUAUGCAAUAGCUCUGUUGCCUAUCUCGUUUUGAGUUGUUUUCCAAGUAUGUAUCAAACGCUAAGUGUAGAAUCCUUUUCGGUCACCAAAGCUAGCUGUUUACUCCAGUAUUCACUACCCAGUUGAAAUGUCUGUACCGGUUGAACUAGCUUAUAUCAUUUCUAGUCAACUCAGUCCAUUCUGACAAAUCUUUCAUUGAAUAAUUUUAAUUAUAGAACAGUAUUAGGGACCAACCAUUUGGUAAUCUGGGUUGAGGUCCACAUAUAUUUUGGAACCAAAUAAUUUCAAAUUGACAUAUUUAAAAAAAAAAAUUUAGAUUUUUUUUGUCAGUAUUUCAUAAUAAAAAGCGUUCGCUGGACAUGUACAUCCUUAAAAAAAAUGUGGAAAAAAUGGCUCAUCCUUUAGAGAAUAAACUGGUCGGUCCCUUGGCGUCGUUGCCAUUUACUAAUGUAUGCUUACCUCUUUUUAUUGAACUUUAAGACAUUCUGUAGUCGUCAAUAUGUUAUCUAUCAGUAUAAUGUAUAGAUCAUUACUUGAUGUUAUUAUUAAGAAGUAAGUACAUAGUAUUACAGCAUUGUAUAUUGCAAUGUGACGCAAACUAUUCAUUUCAAUUAAACAUGUGGUAAAAGCAAGAACGCCGACUCGUUCUGUGUUCAAUGAUCGAUCAACAACUUUAAGUCGAUUACGAAAAAAUACUUUUAUUCUUGCGCUAUCUCGUUCAAAAUUUGCAAUUGUAAACAGUAGUAUGUAGUUGUGUGUACAUGGUGACGAAUUUUGACUUUAGAUAUGCCUGUAUACACCUUUAAGCUUUGUGAAUUCCACAUGUAUGUGAUACAACCCCCAUUUGUUAUCGCUAUCGUUAUUGUUGUAUUAAGUUGUACUGACGCUUGUAUGCUUAACGUCGGCAUACUGACGUCACAAGUAGGUUGUAUAUUUUGUAUUUAUACUCUCCUCUACGAAUGGUUCUGUACAUGUAUACAUGUAUUGUCCGGCACACUGUCCGGGGUUCGAACCCGAACUCUCCUAUGCAGGUGCAUGCAUAAUGGUACUUCGCUACCUCUACUUCCCUGUUCUCGAUGCAUGUUUAUAUGAUCUACUGAAGUCAUGUGGGAAGACCUUUCACAUUUACUGUAUGUGUACACGAGUCAAAUAAACAGACGUUCAAAUAAA